UGAUGUGUCUUCAACUAGGCCUUUAAGGUCUCUCUCAGUGGUGCAUUCACUGCUGUCGUAAUCGAGUCCAUCCAUGUUGCUGCUGGUCGUCCUCUUCUCUUUCCUUCAACUUACCACGGUGGUUAAAAAGAAAAACCCAUUGCUCUUUGGGAGGAAACUGAAGACCACCAAGCUCGGGUCCCAAGGCCGUAUCGAUCAUAAUUCGGUUCCGUCAGAAUCAGAGAUUAAGGUGAACGCUGUCCAAAACACUUUAUGUCACGACCCUAGAAUGCGAGCCAGGAAAAGAAGACGUGCCCGUAGAAAAGGCAGCUGAACUGCCUUAAGCAAAACACACGUUGCAGUGAAAGCAAAUUUCCCCCGAUUCUUCUGCGGUCUUAAAAACGGCAUUGAGCAAAUGCAGCAACCACGAAUUGCUAAUUGGGUUUCCUCAAACGACCGAACUGGGCGCACGGCUUCUUCCUCACCCAAGUUCCCUUCUCCAGUUGUAAUCUCAGCUCCCCGCCUCCCCGCUUUCCCCGAGAUUCGCCAGUUUUUAAAACCGGGCUUUGAUUUGUUUUGUGCCCAGUUGUCAUGGGUGUGAAUGUGGCGUGCUGUUUGGGUGGUCAAGAGGAGGACUGGACUACGGCUAAGUGUUUGCUCUUCUCCUCUUUAAGAACUACAUCUCCCAGAAUCCUAAUCGUGGCAUUUCGGCCCGCUAUUAACUCCUAGCGCUUACAAGAAUGGGUGACGCUCUGGACGAGGGAGGCUCUGGCGCAGUUGUAAGAGUUGUUUGGGCGGGCCCAACGAAGAACGUCCGCCCCUCCUAAUUUUGGAGGCAGUACAGAGAUCAGCCAGGUUGGGAUACGCGAGGAACGAGCUGAGGACUGUGGUGGAGGCACCUUUGCACCUUUCCAGGGGCGUCUGACUGGUUACUGUUGCUGGGUGGUUUUCGGACUACAAGCUCUACAGCGGUUGGAGGUGGUGUAAAAUGCUUCAGCUUGGCAGGAUCAUAUUCAGAACUGAAAGGUCAUCAUGUUGCUUGAAAUACUGUCUGCUGUGGUCUUGGGGGCGAUCAUCUAUCUCUAUAUGACCAAGAAAAAGGAGGAAACAUUACCAAUGGGAGAAGGAUGGUGGGGCAAAGGACAGAAACCUGACUCUGAAGAAGAUACAACUAUACAUCCUUUUAUGGUGGAAACUUCAGAGGCUGAGAUAAAUGAUUUGCACAGAAGACUUGAUCAGGCUAGAUUCACUGAGCCAUUAGAGAACAGUAACUUUCGUUAUGGGUUUAACUCUACUCAUCUUCAGAAGGUCAUCUCUUAUUGGAGAAAUCAGUUCAACUGGAAGAAGCAAGUGGAAGUUCUCAAUAAAUUCCCACAGUUCAAAACAAAGAUUGAAGGUAUUGAUGUCCAUUUUCUUCAUAUAAAACCUUUACACUUGCCUGACGGUCAAUCUACAAAGCCAUUAUUAAUGGUUCAUGGCUGGCCUGGAUCAUUCUAUGAAUUUUACAAAAUCAUCCCACUCUUGAUAGACCCUGCAAACCACGGCUUGAGUGACAAACACAUUUUUGAAGUAAUUUGCCCUUCCAUCCCUGGGUAUGGCUUUUCAGAGGCACCGCACAAAAAAGGUUUCGAUACUGUGUGUGCUGCCCGCGUCUUCUAUAAAUUGAUGCAUAGGCUGGGCUUCUCCGAGUUCUACCUGCAAGGAGGGGACUGGGGUUCUGUGAUCUGCACCAAUCUGGCUCAGAUUGCUCCAAGCCACGUGAAAGGCCUUCACUUAAACAUGGCAGUAAAUACUGCUUUGAGAUUUAAGGAGCUGCUUUCCAUUCCAUUGGGACCAUAUUUUCCAAAACUCUUUGGUUUCCAGGAUGAGGAUAUCAAGUUGAUAUUUCCUUUUAAGGAAAAAAUGAUCAACAAGGCGCUGAUGGAAACUGGCUAUAUGCACAUCCAAGCAACGAAACCAGACACUGUUGGCUGUGGCUUGAAUGACUCUCCUGUGGGAUUGGCUGCAUACAUCUUGGAAAAGUUUUCUACAUGGACGGAUGAAAGCUUCCGGAAUCUGGAAGAUGGAGGAUUAGAAAAGAUGUUCACUCUGAAUGACCUCCUCACAAACGUCAUGAUCUACUGGGUAUCGGGCUGUAUCGUUUCUUCAAUGCGCCUUUACAAGGAGGCUUUAGGGAAGGGCAUUGGCACACAGAAGCAUGAGAAGCUCCCUGUGCACGUGCCUACAGGAAUUGCUGCUUUCCCCAGUGACUUGGUGCAUUAUCCUCGGUUGUGGGUGGAACAGAAGUAUCGCAAUCUUGUUUCAUUCAACUUCAUGGCCAGAGGUGGUCACUUUGCAGCUCUUGAGGAACCAGAGCUUCUUGCAGCAGAUAUUCUACAGUUUGUAGCAAAAGUGGAAAAGGGAGAGAUUUCUUAAAGAAACACCUUUAUAGGGUUGUGGGCUGUCAUCACUACUUCUGCAUACACACACACACACACACACACUCUCUCUCUCUCUCUCUCUCUCUCUCUCUCUCCCAAUACAGAAGUUUAUCCGAUAAGAAAUGGGGAAGUGCUUUGUAUUUAGAGUGGCUUCUGCUGUAGUCCUGCAGGUUCUCAUAGCUCUGACUCUUAGUCUUGUUCAAGCCAACUUCACGAUUGGCUAGUGUAGUGCAGUGACUGGACUAUGAAUGAAGAUGCAUCUGGUUUAAAUCUCCAGUGUGAGUAUCAUACUGGCCUACCUAGCACAGUUGGCAUCAGAAUGACUAAAGGUUCAUGAUGUAAAUGAAGCAUGUUGAAUACUCAAGAUGCUCUGUUUAAAAUGAUAAGUAGAAUUGGUAGGUGUAUCAGAGCAGUAAUUAAUCAUGUGCUUAGCUUGCUCUUCCUUUUAUGCUAAGGGGACGGGAUAAACCGAGCAAAUGGCAGAGUGAUGAAGACGCCACCUGUCCACAUACCCAGCUUGAAUAAGGGUGAAUUUAGCCAUUCAGGGUUCAGAUAACUUUCAGGUAGCAUCUCCAAACUAAGCCUUUAACUCUACCAGCAGCAAAUGCGAAGUAAAACCGAAGAAGCCAUCCAAACCGUGUUCUCAAGUAAGGGCCAAGGAGUUGAGGGUAGAGCACCCUAAGGGAAGUAUAUGGAAUCCAGUGAGAACUGUAAGAAGAAGUAAUGAAAACUCCCAACUGCUUGAUUACUAGAAAGGGGUACUUUUUGCUAGAGACUAGAUCCUGUUCACCUAUGAGGACUGGGCCACUCUGUCUGUUUUUUCAGAUAAAACCCAAGUACCUGAUUAUAUACCGGACACCAGGUUUCUUUCAAAGUAGGAAUAACACAGGCCUGAAUAUGAAAAUGUACAAAGCUGAAACUGUGUAACUUGAUUAUUAUACUUGAAUCAGAGCAGUUGAAAUUAGAACUAAUUUGACUCUGACAUUUUUAGGAGGAGAAGGAAGCAUAGGGUUGGCUUUAGAAAACUUAGGUUCCAAUUCCUGCUUAGCCAUGAAGCCAACUGAGUGCACAGCAUUAAUUCUCAAUUCAGCCUACCUCACAAGGUUGUUGUGAGGAUAAAUGAGGGAUUACUUAUUAAGUGCUCCUUCAAAACUGCUAUAGACAUGAAAUUCAGAGCAUGCAGCUAGGACCUUGACAAUAACACAUGAAUAACUUUUAUGUUUGCCUUUUGCUUUACAGAAUGCUUAGAAUUCCAUAAUAAAAAUAGCUGAACUAUA